CAGUACGAGCUGUGGCUGUCAGUGUUGUGCGGCGACUCCGGCAAGAUGGCGGCGGCGGGGAGCAGUGUGGCCCAGAAGACCUGGGAGCUCUCUAAUAACAUGCAGGAGGUGCAGAGCAUCGACGAGAUCUACAAAUAUGACAAGAAACAGCAGCAGGAGAUCCUUGCCGCCAAGCCUUGGACCAAGGAUCAUCAUUACUUCAAGUACUGCAAGGUGUCUGCCUUAGCGCUGCUGAAGAUGGUCAUGCACGCCCGGUCAGGAGGAAACCUGGAAGUGAUGGGUCUGAUGCUUGGAAAGGUGGAUGGAGAAACUAUGAUUAUUAUGGACAGUUUUGCAUUACCUGUUGAAGGGACUGAAACCAGAGUGAAUGCUCAAGCUGCUGCAUAUGAAUAUAUGGCUGCGUAUAUAGAAAAUGCAAAACAGGUUGGCCGCCUUGAGAAUGCAAUCGGCUGGUACCACAGUCAUCCAGGCUACGGCUGUUGGUUGUCUGGAAUUGAUGUCAGUACACAGAUGCUUAAUCAGCAAUUUCAGGAACCGUUUGUUGCUGUCGUGAUUGACCCAACCAGAACUAUAUCUGCAGGCAAAGUUAAUCUCGGGGCUUUCAGAACUUACCCAAAGGGGUACAAGCCUCCCGAUGAAGGUCCCUCGGAGUACCAGACUAUUCCUUUAAACAAAAUAGAAGACUUUGGUGUGCAUUGUAAACAGUAUUAUGCACUGGAAGUCGCAUAUUUCAAGUCUUCUCUUGACCGAAAAUUGCUGGAACUUUUGUGGAAUAAGUACUGGGUGAAUACACUGAGCUCCUCCAGUCUUCUAACUAAUGCUGAUUACACAACGGGACAGGUAUUUGACUUGUCUGAGAAAUUAGAACAAUCAGAAGCCCAGCUUGGACGUGGCAGUUUUAUGCUGGGAUUAGAAACUCACGAUAGGAAAUCUGAAGACAAACUGGCCAAAGCUACAAGAGACAGCUGUAAAACAACAAUCGAAGCAAUCCAUGGCUUGAUGUCGCAAGUGAUUAAGGAUAAACUCUUUAAUCAAAUAAACACUUCAUAGGCAUUUAACCCUUUGUAAGAAUCCUUUAUUCUCUGGCUCAUUCUCGGCUAUUUGUUGUGUUUUUAUAAGUUGCUUCUUUUAUGCAGAAGCUGUACAAUGUUGUCACCAGGUAGCACUUAUUUCCCUUGAUCUGAAAAUGGAAAGCAUAGGACCUUUUUUAUUGCAACUUUUCAGCAAUAACAGCAUUGUAACCUUUGUUGCUUUCUGGGUGAAUAAAGACACUUUUUAAAAUGG